CGUACCAAACCCAGCUAGCAGCGACCAAGGAAGAGCUAACAGUUCUGUUCUCUUUUCUUCGAACAGGUGAAAUUAAGACUUGGAUAACUGCGACUAACAUUGCCACUCUUCCACACAAGUCACCGUGGGUAUUGGUAAAAACAGCUAUCAGGCUUCCUCAAUGGCAUCGUCAGCAACCAUCAUGGUCCCCACCACCGCCUCGCGCUUCGCCCUGCUUCAGAUCGACUCGGACUCCGACUCGGACGCCUCCGAGGCCGGGAAGACGGCCAACAAAGCCGGGUCCGGGAAACAGCGUCCGGAAAAGUCCGCAGGGGGCAAAGCGUCUCAGGGCAACGACAAGAAGAAAGACAAGAGGAAGAAGAAGAAGGAACAACAGCAAAGUGAAGCCAACGAGCUUCGCAAUCUGGCCUUCAAGAAGAUCCCGCAGAAGUCCCAGGGCCAGCCGGCGUGCAUGACGCUUUCGAGAAUAGCCAGCGGGCUCCUCAGCGCCGCGCCGGUGGCGCACGGUGCUUCUCCGGCAUCACAGCAGGGCUGGCAGCAGUGGAAGCAGAGGGACGAGCAGAUGACAUCUGAGCUGUACGAGGCGGACUUAGAGAAAGCCUUGAUUCUCAGCAAACUGGAGUAUGAAAAAAACAAACAGGGCGGCAACAGCAACCACGCGUCCUCGCCGAAGACUCGCAAAGACGGCGGCGGCGGCAAGGAGAAGGAGAAGAAGAAGAAGAACCCGCAGGCCAAAGAGAAAAAGACAGUCUCUCUUCACGACUUCCAAGCUGAAGGCAACGCAGAACAUGUGAGCCGGCGACAGGAGAAAGAGGAAGUGUCCAAUUCUGCUGUGGGACCGGGUCAGGAGGAGCGGUUCUUCAACAAGCUGGAGGACGACGUCAACCGAAUUAUCCAGCGGGAGAAGAGACGCGAGCAGUACAGCAGCAAACAAGACGGCAACACUUCGGCAGAACGCAAACCAGACCCUCGUGCCGAGCAGCUGAAGUACGAGCUGGAGAAGAAGGACCGGCAGAUCCUCGAGCUGAAGAAGACCAUCGGACAGUGGGAGGUCAAACACAAAGAGGUGAAAGCCAGAAACGGGCAGCUUCUUAAGAUGCUCCAGCAAGGAGAGAUGAAAGACAAAGCAGAGAUCUUGCUGCAAGUGGAGGAGCUGCUGCAUAUCAAAGAGGAGCUCUCGUCGCAGGUGACCUUACUACACGCCGCUCUGGAACAAGAACGAUCUAAAGUCAAAGGUCUACAGUCUGAGCAGCCCAAACAUCAGGGUAACAAGAGAGGGAAGAAAAGUUCCGAGGCGGAUCUCUGAUGACUUCACUCGAAGUCACAACAACAACAUGCUAGCAAAUAAACAUGUUCUUGCUUUGU